AAUGAUAUUUCGUGAAAAAUACUUAUCAGAUUCUGAAAAUGAAGAUUAUUGGGACUUCAAAUAUCAUGAAAACCACGAUUACAUAGAUGAUAAUACAGGAGAUUUUGCAUGUUAUAUGGAAGGUCUCUACACUCACGAAUUUAUUGAGAAUGGAAGGAUAAGAGAGGAAUUUGAAAUUCUUGAAAUAGAAGAAAAAAGACUUCGAACGAACCUACAGUAUGAUUCAUCCUCCGAGGAAGAUGAAGACUAUUGUCUGUUCAAUGAGAGAGAUUUAUUUAAAACUGUAUUUACAUGGAAAUAUUAUCAAUUCGAAGAGUUUAUUUCCAAGUCUUUCCUUUCUAAAUUAAAACCUUCCGACUUGGAAGUUCUUCUUGCUUGUUUACUAGAAAGUAAUUGGACGGAAAAGGAGAAAGCUAUAAAACUAUUAGUGAAGAGAAUACACGAACUAAGUAAGGAUAAUCAACUUGUUCAUUUAAUAAGAAAUUUUGUUCAAAAAUGCUUCAAGAAAGGAGAAAUACAAAUUGUACAGAAAUUGAAAGAGUCUAAACUAAUAGAGUUCUUCUAUCCCGAACCGACAAAUGCAGUUCAAUUACUAUCAAGAGUUCAUAAAUUCCCUCAUCCAAUACACGAUUUUCUGAUUGAAAUGUUUAAUGUUUGGGAAUAUGAUAAACCCCUUGAUAGGAAUAUGUCUCCAAUAAUGUCAUCAAAAUUUCCAUGGAAUAGAUUACAUAUACUAGAAAAUGCUUUAAAUCUUACUUAUAAUUUAGCUUGGGCUGUAGAUAAUGCGAUAAGUAUGUUAGAUAUAGACUUGUUAGCUUACCUAAUAAAUCAGCAUUCAAGGGAGCAAGUAGAAUCUUGUAUAAAUUACUUGGAUAUAGUAAAAAUAUGCUCAAGGGAUGGAUUUUUAAAUGAAUUAUCUGACGAGUUUGCCUCUUUUUGCAUUAGUAUUAUGUCGAAAAAAUUCUCUUUUCCUUUUUUAAAUAUUCAAUUUGUGGAAUUAGAUUAUCCUCAAAUCAUACCUGUUGUUGCCUUGAAGAUUGCAGUUGAAGUUGGCUUGAAUGAACAGUUUACAAAGGUUUUAAUUGAACAAAGCUGCAAAAAGUUAAAAAGAUGGAAUAUCUACCAAAAUUGUCCAAAUGUCUUAGACGAUUCGGCAAAAUGCUUAGCCAUUGCUUUAACUUACGGAGUUGUCACCGAUUUGGAUGUUUUUAAUCAAGCCGAUAUGAACUUUUGCCUAGAACUGUUUGCUAAUUCUGAUGAGACGUUUAUCUUCCAAAGUCCAAUAGAUGAGUCUAUCGUUUCAUUUACCUGUAAAUGCUUGGCAAUUGCCUUUGGCUACGGAUUCCAAUUUAACCCGUUCACUUUAGAUAGAUUCAUUAAAUUGUAUUCAAAUAAUAGCAGGCUCAUUAAACUCAUUCAAACUUCUAUUCAGCCAUCUUUUAUUAAACCCUAUUUAUAUUGUAAACAAUACAAGCAUCUAGACAUUCUUUUGGGAAAAACGAAUAGAAUGGAAAAUUUGUCAUCAUUAUGCGUGACUUGUAUAAGAUAUUUUGUAAAAUCGCCACUUCACCUUGUUGUCAAAAAAUUAAUAGGAAAUGGAUAUAUACCAACGCCUAUAGGCGAUAUCUUACUACAAAAGGCUUUACUCAUCAAACUAGCUGGUGGUCCCUUCCGGAUUGAGACUCGCGGCAGUGGUACAGUUACCAUAGAUGGUAUUUAUCGCCUAUUUUCAAAGCGAGACUACUGA